CGGCUCUGGUAGCAGUGGUUCGCAAUGCAGAUUUGUACACUAUCCGUUCUACCAUCCGAACUAUAGAAGAUCGUUGGAAUCAUCAAUACAAUUAUCCAUGGGUUUUCCUCAGUGAUCAACCACUAAGUCAAGAGUUCAAGCACUAUACCCAAAUGCUAUCGGGAGCACCCAUGUACUAUGGGCUGAUAGAUCAGAGGGAAUGGUCGUACCCGCAUUGGAUCGACACACGUUUUGCAGAAAUGGAGAUGGGCCGAUAUGCAGAGAUGGGUCUAUUCCGCGGUGGCAGUCUUGACUUUCGAUUGAAGAGCAGAUUCCACACUGGCUUCAUUCAAUACCAUUCUCUUCUUAGAGACCUAGAGUUUUACUGGCGUGUCGAACCAGAAUCAAAAUAUUUGUGUGAUAUCAAUUUUGAUCCAUUUUUAUUCAUGAAGGAGAACAACAAAAAGUUCGGUAAGUACAGCCAUCACUGUCACUAUCAACACUCAGAGCUAGUGCCUUAUAUUUCUUUAUGUCCAUAUUUCAAUACAGCAUUCGUCAUAAAUGAUGGAGAGCGAAUGGAGAAUAUUCCAUCACUUUGGGAAGCUACACGUAAUUUCAUCAUGUCGCAUUGGUCGUUUAUUGUACCAUGGGACAAUAGCAUACAGCCCUUGAUUACGAACAAAGGAUGGCAGUAUUUCAAUGGUUGUCUUUUCUGGAACAAUUUUGCAAUAUAUUCUCUGGAUUAUUUGCGGUCGCCUAGCUAUCGAACAUUUUUUGAAUACCUUGACAAAAAGGGCGGCUUCUUUUACGAGAGAUGGAGCGAUGUCACUGUCCAAACAAUAAUGGCCAGCUUGUUUUUAAAACGAGACGAACUGCAUUUUUUCAACGAGAUUGGAUUUGAAUAUUGGCAAGCAACACAUUGUCCCCUUCAACCUGAGUAUAGACAGCAAUGCGUCUGUUCACCCGAGCAAACAACAGGUAAACAACUCUAAAGCUGCUGAAUGAUAAGCGCUCACAAAGCUAACUCUGUAGUCAUCGCUAGAUGCCCACUCUUGCACCCGAUUCUUUCUAUCUUUGACAAACUCCUCAGUGAAGCAAGACGUGAAAGACCUUUACCUAAGACGUAAGCAAAGAGAAAAGGAAGAACAAGAUCUGAAGCGACUUCUUGAACAAGAAACAAAGGGAGGAAGUCAUUAGUGAGCAAACCACUGUACCUGAACUUGACUUGGAACAAAAAAAAUUUUGGGACCAGCGGCAAUUUAAAUA